AUGAGCAAAUUCGAAUGGAAGCCUAAAAUCCGUAAUUACAAAACGGAAGAAAUUGAUAUCAAUAAUAAUUAUGCGAAUGGGCUUGUAAAAUUGGGAAAUAUUCAAACAGCGGACCAUCCUCUCUCGAACAAGAAAAAGAACAAUGCUGUAAAAGUGGUGAUGGCAUCAUCGGACCCUCUUUCAUCUUCUUCUGGAUUGGAUCCUUUGAGAGCAGGGUCUCCAUUACCAUAUGUUGAUCCUUUAUCAGCAAGAUUGGAUCAUCAACCAUCUCUGAUUAUAACUGGCCAGCUAAAUAGACAAAUUGGGUCUAGACAGAAAGCUGGAUAUCUUAACUGGGCCUAUAAGAAGCAAAAGUAUCUGAAAAAGUACACCACAGAUAAGAACAUUCCGAUUAUUUCUAAUAUUAUGGAAGAGGAGGAAGGAAAAGUUAUCAAACUCGAGGACCGAUUGAAAAUGAGAUUGGAUGAAUUAGAUAGGGAAGAAAAAGAACAAGAUACACAAUAUAUGGCACAAAAAGACUAUCUUCGCCAUUUAGAAAAGCUCAACGAAGAGCUAAAGGAUGCUUGGAACAAUCAAAAUGAUCGUGUGAAAUCUCUCAAAAUCGUAAUUAAGUGCUCAAAAAUUUUGGGAAGAAACACUGUUCCUCAAUUCUAUCCAAGCAUGUUUGUGCUUGUUAGCGAGGUUUUGGAUACUUUCGGCAAACUGAUCUAUAAAAGAAUUGCAGAGAAAAACUCAAAGACAGAUCCAAUCACUGGUAAAGUAAUUUCAAAGUUACCCAAGAAUUUUACAGUUCACGAUGUCACCGAGGAUGCUAAAGAAGUUUGUAGAAAUUGGCACUACAAAGUUGCAUCUAUUCGUGAAUUGCUUGGAAGAGUAUAUCUUGAAAUGACCAUCCUUUCUAGCUACAAAUUCUUAUAUGAAGGCGACAAGCGACUCAAGAAAGAUUUGGUUAGACUUGCUAAAGAAAUAAGAGGUAUUGGUGAUCCUCUAAUUGCUAAUUAUGCUCGCUGUUAUUUAGCAAGAAAAGGCUUCGAAUUACUUCCAGAUGAGAAAGAUUAUUUAAUGAUUUUGUUUGACGACUUUGUUUUUACCCAACAACAAUUUGAAGAAGAUCAUUUCCAAAAAUUCCUCAACAAAACUGGAAUUAAUAGAGGACAGUAUAUGGAUCUUUUAGCUCCUCCUUUGGAUUGGAUUCUUGAGGUCUUGGGAAAGGAUGCUGGUGAACCAUUAUUCCACAAAGUUCUAGAUAGAUAUCAAAAAGAAGGAAAAUCUAGCGCUAUUUUCUUGAACAGUAUCAUCAGCUCGUUUGAGGCCCACUUAGUAUCUCAUGCAGCCUCAAUAUUAAUAUAUGAAAUUAAGCAAUGUGAUGAUUCAUUACCAAAGCAUCAACUUUUUAAAUCUCUUGGAGAACAAUUUUGUGUUUGUCCACCUGACGAUAGCCACAAAUUGGAGCUUUUGAACGAGAUAUGGAAAUAUGUGACGGCCAUGAAAGACAUCAAAGAUUACAUUUCAGUUGUAGAAGUUUUCAUAGAAUUUGUUUGCAAAUCUUUCACUUUGAAAGAAGUGAACAUUUUGAUGAAAGACUUGUUGAACCAUCUCAAAUCAAGCGGACUUACAACAUUUGAAACAGUAGAAGAAGAGAUUCAAAAUAUUCUUCUUACUGUUUUAGAAAACACUGACGAUUUUAUUAAGGUAUUCAACCUUCAACAGUUUUUACCUCUCUUUGAUAUGCUCUCUACAACUAGAAAAGUUCAAGUCAGCAAGGGAAUGCUCAAGGCAUUUGCUAAAAGAAAGAGCGCAACCGCAGCAGAUCCAGUUGUUAUCAGCUCACUGUUCGAUCUUGCCAUUACAGUUCAUGACUCUGUAAAUGCUCUUUCCGAAGAAUUUGAGAAGGAAGAAGUUUGUGAAGCAUUGGUUGGAUUUGUUAAUGGUAUAGAUUUUGGUAUGGCUCUCGAGAAACAACUCAACUUUUUCACCGAUUGCAGACGAUCGUUCUGCAUGUUUGACAGAAUUAAUGAAGCUCUGGUCAUCAAAACGUUGAAUAUGAUUGCAAAGACCUACAAGUUCGUUAAAGCUCAACACACGACAAAAACCAGCUCUUUUGUCAAGGCAUGUGUGUCCUUCUGCCACAUUACCAUUCCAUCACUUUCAAACUUAUUCAAGAGAACCAAACUUUUUGUCCUUACUGGUCAAUAUGCGGUAAUGAAUAACUUGCUGCCACAAGCUAAUGCUCUCUUCAAGAUUGCAAUCGAAACAAUGAAUAGCAUUCCAAGAAUUGAAACUCUUCCCGAUAACACAGUUGUAGAUAACACGGAAGAAUUAGUCUCCAUGAUUUGUUGGAUUUCAAGCUGUUUUGUUUCUGUACCAGGACACCCAGAACAAGGUCCAUUCUACCUUAUGAGAGGACUGUUAAAUCUUAUUCAAGAAUAUGAUUGGGGCACCGGAUCUGAUGCAAAGAUAAGACUAUUUAUUUACACUCUAUCUACGUUGAGCGCGCUCUCACAACAAACUCUUCCAUAUCGAUACACUGGUGUCAGUAGCAAUGACGAAUUGUUUAUGGAAGAUGAUGACUACAAAGAACAAUUGAUUGCAAUUGGAAAUACCAUCAUUGAAAAAGCUGUUGAAGAAAUAAUUGCUCUGGGCAAAGAUGAAGAUUUCUCAUCCAAGAAAAAAGCAAGCUCUUUGUGCUGCUGA